AUGCCGUCCAAGAGAAAUGUUCUUCUGGUCAUUGCCGAUGACUUGGGCCGCUCUCUAAGCUGCUAUGGCGAGAAGGCCGUAAAGACACCAAACCUCGACUCACUCGCCAAAGAAGGGACUGUAUUUGAUAAUGCCUUUGCAAGCACGGCGUCCUGCAGUGGCAGUCGAUCGGUCAUUUACACAGGCCUGCAUACUCACGAAAAUGGCCAAUAUGGUCUGAACCACUACACCCACCAUUUCAUGACGUUUGAUCACGUUCAGACAGCCCCUGGCCUAUUGCGAAGCCAUGGAUACCGGACUGGAAUCAUUGGCAAAAUACAUGUUGGACCUCUUUCGGUCUACCCAUGGGAAGUUGUCGUGGAAAGUCCCAGCCGGGACGUGAAUUGGGUGGCUCAACAGGCUUCCUCUUUCUUCCACGAGGCAAAGGAUGACGGACGACCAUUUUUCCUCACGGUCGGAUACAUGGAUCCCCAUCGCGACCAUACGCGUGGCGGGUUUGGCAACGGCGACAGGCAAGUCUCGUCGGAGGAUGCCUCCUACGAUCCCGAGACGGUCACAGUGCCCAAUUUUCUGAGUGACAUUUCUGAAGUCCGCCAGGAAUUAGCCGAGUACUAUCGGGCAAUUGGCCGUGUGGACCGCGGCUUCGGCAUGAUUAUGGAAUCGCUGAAGGAGCAAGGCUUGCUUGAAGACACACUGGUCAUCUUCAUGAGCGACAAUGGGCCCCCAUUUUUGAACUCCAAGACAACACUCUAUGAUGCUGGCAUUCGACUUCCCCUGAUCAUCCGCCAGCCGGGCAAUGGCAACGGCUCCAAGAAUCCAAAUAUGGUGUCUUUCAUUGAUAUUCUCCCAACGAUCCUGGAUUGGACUGGAUAUCAAGAGUCUCAAGCAGCUGAACCCCGACGACGAGGACGUUCCCUGCUACCAAUCAUGACCGAGACGAUCAUGAAUGACUCAUGGACGCGAGUGUUUGGCUCUCACACGUUUCACGAGAUUACAAAUUACUAUCCUACUCGAUUUCUCCGCACCUCGAGAUAUAAGUAUCACCGGAAUAUUGCAUGGAAGCUGGACUUCCCUUUCUCGACUGAUCUGUAUGCUUCUUUGUCGUGGGAGGGCAUUCGAAACGCCCCGGGUCCGGUGAUGAUAGGAAAUCGACCCUUGAAGGCAUAUAUUGAGCGUCCCGCUGAGGAGCUAUACGAUCUGAUCAACGACUCCACAGAAACAACCAAUCUCGCUCCUGAUCCUGCACAUAGGGAGGUCCUAAAUAUCUUGCGGACUGAACUAGAGGCCUGGCAAAUUGAGACAAAGGAUCCGUGGUUGUUCCGGGAUGGGGUGUCGCUUUUGGAAAUGGGAGGACAUAUCAAGUCAGGACUGAAAAUCCCAGACCGGUUUGAUUUCGACGUUUCUGUACCGAGAUCGAAGCCUUGA